UAUCCUGGAUGUGGCUUGGCUGAAAUGCCGUUUCAGGGUUUUUUUCAUCAGCAGCCUCAAGAUCCGAAAAUCUCAACCCAACCUUGAAGAAAACUCUACACCACGCCGAGCCUGGCAGGACGAUAGCUGAUCCGGACAUCAUUUUCACAUGCAUAACAUUUAAAACCGCUAUUUCAUUAUGCAAUCCUUCAAAGACCUCAAAUUAUGGUAUGUCGAACACUCAACGGGACUGGUAAACGGUAAUUCGAGUCACCAAUUCUUAAAAGCGCCGCGCAGGAUAAACCCGCCUUCGUCUGCCCAGUUUGUUUCAACCCGACGCCAUUGACCGAGGUCGUGGCGCUGAGCCGCUUUUUCUUCGCAAUCCGGGGUAUUCAACUUUCUAUGAAGAGAAAAAAAGAAGAAAAAGCCCAAAAUUUCGUCGCCAACUCUCAGUGAUAUACUGCCCCAGAUUCAAUCGUGCACAGACCACCACAUCACGUGCACCAUUGCGUGCUGCUUUCAUUGGUCACUUGGCCUCUCAUACGCAAACGACCAGGCACUCAGUACUCGGCCUGCCAAACUUGGAACGCUGACGAGAACGUCAAACCAUCAACCACUCAGAUCCAACAUCACCCGAAUAUUGCGCGUUCGACACGAAUUCAACUACAUCCCCCAACAAAUUCUAUAAUUCGGCGUCCGACUCCUAUCACGACCGAAAUUAGUCGCAUUUGCAAUCCCCUCGAUCUCCUGUCAUUCUCCAGCCUCCUUUCACGAUGUCGAACCCUCUCGAUACCGAUGCUGGCUCUGAGCUCUUCAGCUCAUACGAGGCUGAAUUCAAGCUCAUCCAGGCCGACCUAAACCAAAAGCUGGACCAGAUUCCUGAACUAGCUGGUGAGCCUCGAAAGGCCGCUAUCAGCCAAGCCGAGCGGGCGCUUGAGGAACUUGAUGAGCAGCUCAGCGCAAUGCGCCUGGAAAAGCAAAACAUUCCCACCAGCUCUCGCACCAAGGUCAAUCAGCGCUUCCGAAACUACGAAUCAGACACAGAUGCUGCUCGUCGCAAGUUGACCACUCUCUCCUCCGAUCGGUCAGCACUUUUCGGAUCGCGAUACACAGACGACCCCGCUGGCUCAUCAGACAUUCACAUGGAGCAGCGACAGCAGUUGCUCUCGGGGACCGACCGUCUUGAUCGAAGCACACAGCGAUUGAAGGCCAGCCAGGCCCUCGCCAACGAGACCGAAGCCAUCGGCGCAGGCACCCUAGCAGACCUCAGCAGGCAGCGAGAAACCAUCGAGCACACUCGCGGCAUAAUGCUCGAGAGUGAGGGCUACGUGGACAGGAGCGUCAAGACACUCAGGGGCAUGGCGCGUAGGAUGGCUACAAAUCGGAUAAUCACCAUCUCUAUUAUCACUGUUUUGGUUAUUCUUAUUAUUGCGGUCAUCUUCAGCAAGUUCCGAUGAGGAAUGGCUUUGGUUAUUGGAGUUUAGGCAGUCGUUUUCUUGACCCGGCUUGGCUUGGCUUACAAUGGAUGCGCUAUGCUGUUAUUGAUAAUGGGCCUUACGCGUACUUUCGUUUGAUGAAGGAGUUUAGCAUGCUUAGUGAUUUGUAGAUGUAGACCGUCUUGUCUUACUACAACAAUUUUUGAAAUCACAAUGGUUAGAGUGUAAUUUGGAAAUCUUAAGUCUUGAGAGUACAAUGUUACUAUAUCCACUCUCAUAAUGAGUGUCACUUUUCAUAUCUGAAGUGAACUUUCUACCAAAUUCCAAUGCAAUAGCAGAAUACGAUCAUUCACCGUCAAACGUAGCU